AUGAUAGAAGACAAAGGGCCAAGAGUGACCGACUACUUUGUCGUGGCAGGUCUCACUGAUACAUCUACUCUAUUGGAUCAAGAAAUAAAUCGUUUCGAUACUAAGUCAACUGGACCUAAAGCUCCAAUUAUAGACAUUGCAGUUAUUAACAAAUCAGCUGGGGAAACAGUACCUGAAGGUUAUACUUGUGUUGAAGCCACUCCAUCAGCUCUCCAAGCAAAUUUGAACUAUGGAAGUCUGAAAAGCCCAGAACUUUUUCUCUGUUAUAAAAGAGGAAGAGAUAAACCACCCCUUACCGACAUUGGAGUUCUAUAUGAAGGAAAAGAAAGGCUCAUUUCAGGAUGUGAAGUGAUCCAAGCCACACCCUAUGGUCGCUGUGCCAAUGUCAACAAUAGUUCAACUACUUCACAAAGAAUCUUUAUCACUUAUCGAAGGGCUUCUCCAGUUCGGCCCCAGAAUUCCUUGGCUGUAACUGAUAUCUGUGUUAUUGUAACGAGUAAAGGAGAAACCCCUCCUCAUACUUUCUGCAAAGUUGACAAAAACUUAAAUUGUGGAAUGUGGGGUUCCAGUGUGUUUCUAUGUUAUAAGAAGUCUGUACCUGCUUCUAAUUCACUAGCGUAUAAAGCUGGUUUAAUUUUUAGAUAUCCGGAAGAUGAUUAUGAGUCAUUUCCACUCUCAGAAUCUGUACCUCUCUUCUGCCUUCCUAUGGGAGCUACUAUUGAAUGUUGGGAUCCCCAAACCAAAUACCCACUUCCAGUUUUUUCAACGUUUGUCCUGACAGGUUCUUCUGCUGAAAAGGUAUAUGGAGCUGCGAUCCAGUUUUAUGAGCCUUACUCUUCGGAACUUCUAACAGAGAAACAGCUUAUGCAGCUAGGUCUGUUGACACCUGUGGAGAGAAAAAUGGUCUCCAAAUCCAUCAAUUCAAACAAAUGCAUUUGUUUACUCUCACACUGGCCUUUUUUUGAAGCUUUUAGAAAAUUUCUCAUGUUUAUCUACAAACUUUCUGUGUCUGGACCACAUCUUCUUCCCAUUGAAAAGCACAUUUCACAUUUUAUGCAAAAUAUCCCCUUUCCUUCACCACAAAGACCGAGAAUCCUUGUACAGCUGUCAGUCCAUGAUGCGCUAAUAUUAUCGCAGCCAGUUUCUACACCUUUACCAUUAAGUGGAGCCAACUUUAGCACCUUGUUAAUGAAUCUGGGUCCUGAGAAUUGUGCAACAUUGCUGCUCUUUGUUUUACUUGAGAGUAAGAUUCUGCUGCAUUCGCUGAGGCCAGCUGUGUUAACUGGAGUAGCUGAAGCUGUUGUAGCUAUGAUCUUUCCAUUUCAGUGGCAAUGCCCAUAUAUUCCCCUUUGUCCUCUCUCACUGGCGGCAGUGCUUAAUGCACCUGUACCAUUUAUAGUUGGAGUUGACUCAAGGUAUUUUGAUCUGCAUGAGCCACCACAAGAUGUUGUUUGCAUUGACUUGGAUACAAACAUGUUAUAUAUAUCUGAUGAAAAGAAGAACAUGAACUGGAAGCAGCUUCCCAAAAAGCCAUGCAAAAAUUUACUUAGCACCUUGAAGAAAUUGUAUCCCCAGUUAUCCUCAGUUCACCAAAAAACUCAAGAAGGUUCAGCAAUUGAGAUGACUCCAAUUGAAGCAGAUUUCUCCUGGCAAAAAAAGAUGACUCAACUUGAGAUGGAAAUUCAAGAAGCAUUUUUGCGCUUUAUGGCAUCCAUUUUAAAAGGAUAUAGAUCAUAUCUCAAACCAAUAACAGAGGCUCCUUCAAAAAAAGCCACAGCCGUUGAUUCAUUGUUUGACCGACAGGGAUUUUUAAAAAGUCGAGAUCGUGCCUAUACAAAAUUCUACACCUUUUUAUGCAAAACACAGAUUUUUAUUCGUUUCAUUGAAGAAUGUAGUUUUGUAAGUGAUAAAGAUACUGGAUUGGCAUUUUUUGAUGACUGCGUAGAAAAGUUGUUUCCUGAUAAAGGCACAGAGAAAACAGAUAAGAUUGAUUUUGAUUCAACAGAUGAUACCAAAUUGAUAGAGCUAGAUGAUUCACAAAAAAGUGAGCACACUGUAUUUAUAAUGCCACCAGAGCCACCUCCUGAUGAUGCAAAGGACCUGUCGCCAAAGUACAGUUACAAAUACUUUCCAAGACUGGACCUUAAGCUUUUUGACAGACCACAGGAAUUGAAACUUUGUUUUAAUAGACACCCUACUGGGAAUAGCAUUACAAACAGUCCAGCUCUCAUGGCUAAGAGAAGUAAACAGGAGAUAAAAACAGCUCAUAAGUUGGCGAAGAGAUGUUACACAAAUCCACCACAAUGGGCCAAGUGUCUCUUCAGUCAUUGUUUCAGUUUGUGGUUUAUUUGUCUCCCAGCCUAUGUUAGAGUUUCUCAUCCUAAGGUCAGAGCACUUCAGCAGGCAUAUGAUGUACUUAUUAAGAUGAGGAAAACAGACGUGGAUCCCCUAGAUGAGGUGUGCUAUCGAGUAGUAAUGCAGCUUUGUGGACUUUGGGGCCAUCCUGUUUUAGCAGUCAGAGUCUUAUUUGAAAUGAAAACUGCUAACAUAAAGCCAAAUGCUAUUACUUAUGGUUAUUAUAAUAAGGUAGUUUUAGAGAGCCCGUGGCCUAGCAGUACCCGUAGUGGUAUCUUCUUAUGGACGAAGGUACGGAAUGUGGUACAUGGCUUGGCACAGUUUAGGCAGCCACUUAAAAAGUCCGUGCAAAAGUCACAGGUCUCCUCAAUAUCAGCUCCUCAGAAUGCCACAGGUGGAAGUGAUGGGGACACGGUGAGCCACGGUAGCGUGGAUAGUUCUAAUGAUGCUAACAAUGGGGAGCACACAGUCUUCGUCAGAGAUUUAAUCAGUCUUGAUUCCAUUGAUAAUCACUCUAGCACAGGUGGUCAGUCUGACCAAGGGUAUGGGUCUAAGGAUGAACUUAUAAAGGAUGAUACAGAAAUUAAUGUGCCUGAAGAACAAGUAGCAAGAGAAUUGAUAACUAAAACAAAAAUGCAAACAGAAGAGGUGUGUGAUGUCUCUGCUGUGGUGGCAAAACAUUCACAAGUUAGUGGAGAGCCACACAGUCCAACUGAGCCUCCUGCGUGGGGCAGCAGUAUUGUGAAAGUUCCAUCUGGUAUAUUUGAUGUCAAUGGCAGAAAAAGCAGCACUGGUAGUACAUCAAAUGCGGUAUUUUCUACUCUGGAUCCAAUUGAAGAUACAGUCUUUGGUGAAGUUACUAAUCUCAAGAACGGUGAUAAAGGAGAAAAGAGACAAAAGCAUUUUCCAGAGAGGAGUUGUAGUUUUAGUUCUGAAAGUCGAGCAGGAAUGUUGCUAAAGAAGAGCAGUUUGGAUUUGAAUUCAAGUGAAGUAGCUAUCAUGAUGGGAGCAGAUGCCAAGAUUCUCACAGCUGCACUGACAUAUCCUAAGACUUUUCCACUUCAUAUUGCAAAAACCCAUAGCUUUGAGAGUGUUGGCUGUCAUCUUGCUGAUACUAGGACUCCUGGGCCUGAAAGCACUUGGGAUUCUGAGCACAGAUCUUCAGUGUUGGAGAUGCUUGAGGAAAGCCAAGAGCUCCUAGAACCUGUGACUGAUGACAGCAUAGCUAUAACUGCUGUGACAAAGGAUACACAUGACAGUCUACAAAAUGAUAGUGACAGUGAUCAGUCCAGAGACUUAAAAGCAGAGCCCAAAGAUCUAAUAAAUAAAAGAAGUAGUUUAUAUGGUGUUGCUAAAGCUGUUGAGAGGGAAGAUGUUGAAACUGGACUAGAUCCUUUAUCUCUUUUAGCCACUGAAUUUAUAGUAGAAAAAACUGAUUCUGAAGAUAAGUUGUUUUCUCCAGUUAUUGCACGUAAUCUGGCUGAUGAAAUUGAAAACUAUAUGAACCUCAAGAGUCCCCUGGGUAGCAAGUCUUCUAGUAUGGAAUUACACGGAGAGGGAAACAGAGAGUCUGGCACUUCCACUGCACUUAUUCACCCUUUAGAGAGGCGAUCAAGCUUACCUUUAGAUCCUGACCCACCAGCGCAGGAAAAGCCUGAAAGUGAAAAGAGCUCCCCUGCAGUGUCCAGGUCUAAAACUUUCACUGGGCGUUUCAAGCAGCAGACUCCCUCUCGAGGUCACAGAGAACGUCCAACUUCGUUAUCAGCACUGAUGCGUUCUUCACCACAUGGCUCAUUGGGUUCUGUGGUAAAUUCUUUGUCAGGGCUAAAGCUGGAUAAUCUACUCUCAGGGCCCAAGAUAGAUGUCCUAAAAUCGGGUAUGAAACAGGCAGCGACAGUAGCCAGUAAGAUGUUGGUUGCUGUAGCGACUGCCUACAGCUACUCAGAUGAUGAGGAGGAAACUAGUAAAGAUUACAGCUUCCCAGCUGGCCUUGAAGAUCAUGUUUUGGAGGAGAAUAUGUCACCUAACACAAGUAUCUCAGCAUUGGUCCCCAGUGAACUUACCCAGAGUAACACAAGCCUUGGCAGUAGCAGCAGCAGUGGAGAUAUAGGAAAAUCCCAUUACUCAGCAGGAGAACUUCUACUUCCAAGAGGCAUAAAAGGGCAGGACUUUGACAAAUCAGAUCAUGGUUCUUCUCAAAACACCAGUAUGUCUAGCAUCUUUCAGAAUUGUGCAAUGGAGGUUUUGAUGUCAAGUUGUUCACAGUGCAGAGCUUGUGGAGCCUUAGUUUAUGACGAAGAAAUUAUGGCUGGAUGGACAGCAGAUGAUUCCAAUUUGAAUACAACUUGCCCAUUCUGUAAAAGCAACUUCUUGCCUCUUCUCAAUAUAGAGUUUAAAGACUUCAGAGGCUCUGCAAGCUUUUUCCUGAAACCAAGUACCUCUGGUGACAGUUUACAAAGUGGCAGCAUUCCAUUGGCAAGUGAGCCUUUGGAGCCUAAACCUGUAUCCAGUUCAGCAGAACCUGACUUGAUCAACUUGAUGGAUUUCCGGAAACAUAACCAGACCAUAACUGAAGAAACAAGCGCUGCAGUUGAAUCUAGUGAUGAAAUAAAGAAUGCCAGUGGAGAUGUUCAAACUAUGGAAAUUUCACCUGUACCUAAUAGUUUAUCAAAGCGGAAUGUAUCUUUGACUCGAAGUCACAGUGUUGGAGGUCCAUUGCAAAAUAUUGACUUUUCCCAGCGACCAUUUCAUGGCAUUUCAACAGUUAGUCUUCCAAACAGUCUGCAGGAAGUUGUGGAUCCUUUAGGAAAAAGACCAAAUCCUCCCCCUCUUUCUGUGCCCUACUUGAGUCCUCUAGUGCUUCGUAAAGAACUUGAAUCUUUGCUAGAAAAUGAAGGCGAUCACGUGAUCCACACAUCCUCUUUCAUCAAUCAACAUCCGAUUAUUUUCUGGAACCUUGUAUGGUAUUUCAGACGUUUGGACCUUCCUAGUAACUUGCCAGGACUUAUCCUCACAUCUGAACAUUGUAAUGGAGGUAUACAGCUUCCUCUGUCAUCUUUGUCCCAGGACAGCAAACUUGUAUACAUUCAGCUGUUAUGGGAUAAUAUCAACCUUCAUCAGGAACCAGAAGAGCCUCUAUAUGUCUCAUGGAGGAAUUUUAAUUCUGAAAAGAAGUCGUCUGUCCUGUCAGAACAACAACAAGCUACAAGCACUUUAGUGGAAACCAUCAGGCAGAGUAUUCAACGUAAUGAUGUUCUUCAACCCAUCAACCUGCUUUCACAGCAAAUGAAGCCAGACAAGAAAAGACAAAGGAGUUUAUACAGAGAAAUCCUCUUCUUAUCAUUAGUAUCUCUUGGAAGAGAGAAUAUUGAUAUUGAGGCUUUUGAUAAUGAAUAUGGACUUGCAUACAAUAGUCUAUCUUCAGAAGUCCUUGAAAAGUUGCAGAAAAUUGAUGUUCCACCAAGUGUCAGUGUGGAAUGGUGCAGGAAGUGUUUUGGAGCCCCUCUCAUUUAA